AUGACGGGCGGCUCUGGCCCAAGGGCGCCUUCAGGCCGAGUGAAGGCACCUCCUCGGCGAUCACACAAAAAGUCCCGGGCUGGAUGCAUCCAAUGCAAAGAAAGGCGAGUGAAGUGUGAUGAAACUCGGCCUCAGUGCACUAAUUGCACCUAUCGGCUGCUCCACUGCAGCUACUUGGAUAACACCCAAAAUUAUACUACUAGCGGCGCUGUCCAUUCCAAAUCUCCAAGCGAGGAACUCAUUGAUAGUCAAGAUGAAAUUCAACAUGAUGGAGACCCCCAGCAGACGGACACCAAUCACUAUACCCUUGAAGAUCUGCAGUUAAUGCAUCAAUUUUCAACCGAGACAUAUAAAAGCCUAUGUGGCGACCUGUCUGAUAAGGCGGGCUGGCAGUCUCUUAUCCCGAAACUCGCCUACACAAACGAGUUCCUUAUGCAUGGAAUACUUGCACUUGCUGCUUUACACAUGGCUGCAACGACAACCGAGUCCAACAACCCGGUGUCUUACCUCGACGUUGCCCUCCGCUACAACAGCUUAUCCUUCGGCCCAUUUCGCAACGCAUUGGAUAACUUGACCCCACAAAAUUGUGACGCUGUAUAUGCGUAUUCAGCCAUCAUAACAGUUAUCGGCGUUGCGUUACCCACUCUCCACGGAAGAUUCCGUGAAGAACGAGUCAGUACAGUCGAGAACAUGGUGACGUUCUUUGAUUUGCUGCAGGGUGCCACUAGUAUCUCUCGCAUUAGUGCCCCAUGGCUCCAAGCGAGCAUAUUCGAGAAGUAUAGUUUCUGGGAAAUGGCUGUUGCGGAUAUCGACAUCGAGACAGGUAGAGCAUUGGACCAGCUAGACCAGCUGAACCAAUUGGAUGUUGAUCAAGACACCGAGGAACAGAAAAUCAACCAUGAGGCUAUCGAGCUUUUGAGAACUUGUUUUGCCAAGUUCGUUUAUAGUCCGCACCCGGUAACAAUAAUGGCCUGGCUAGGAUAUGUACAGAAAGAGUUCAUUAGCAGGUUGCGUCUACGCAGGCCUGUUGAACUUUUGAUUUUCAUGCACUGGGGAGUUUUAUUGGAUGAGUUCGGUGCCCAUUUUUGGUGGGCUGAAGGAUCUGGUAAGGCUCUAGUAGCUGAAGUAGUAUUAGAGCUGAAAACAGGUAUACACGAUGCUAGGUGGGAAGAAGCAUUGGAAUGGCCACAACGCAAAGUCAAGAUAGAUGAGAGCUGA